UUUCAUUUCUAGAUUCAAAAUGGCUACCGCCAAACGGUUUCCAUAGGGACAGACGCAGUUUCGUUGAAUUUUCCCGUGUUUUUACGACCGUGGGUUCAUUAUAACACACUCUACAAUACCAGAAACGUAUUGUCCUUAUAAUAUAUAUCAGAAAAUCUAAUUUAGGUCGUGGCUGAUUGCAAGAAUGGCGUCUGAAGUCGGUCGCGGUGAUGAGCUGUGGAAGCUUGAGGCAGAAAAUGACGACGUUGCAGCUCCUAAGAAGUCUGUGCGCAUCUCAGUGUCUCUGAUCACCAAGAGGAACCUGCCAGCCGGCAUCACCAAGGAGUCUGACAAACUUGUAACUGCGCUGAUGAAACUGACACAUCUUCGACUGGACCGAGAAAAUAUCAGUGAAAUCGACAACCUGGAGUGCCUGGGGCCUAUUACAAACAUAUACCUGCAGCAGAACCAGAUUAAGAAGAUUGAGAACUUGGAGUGCCUUCCUAAAAUAAGGUUUCUGUGUCUAGCUGGUAACCAGAUCUCCAAGGUUGAGAACCUGCAACAUCUGACUGGUUUGGGUUUUCUGGACUUGUCUGAGAACCAGAUAGAGGAGGUCAACCCAGAUGAACUACCAAAGAGUCUGGUUAUCCUAACAUUGAAUGGAAACCCAUGCACGGAGAGGCCAGACCUCAGAAAACAGCUGAUCCAGGUGCUGCCGAAGCUGCAGCAGCUGGACGGGCAGCAGGUGACGCGGCAGGAGAAGCUGGAGGCGGGGCUGCAGGUGUCAGAUGAUGAGGAUGAUGAAGGUCUGGAGGAGGAGGAGGAGGAUGAGGAGGAAGAAGAGGAGGAGGAGAUUGAUACUGUGGAAGGAAAGGGCAUGUUCCACGACGUGACCUGUGGGAUCGUGGAGAGGUCACAUGAGAGAGUUAAGGAUGUACUACGGCAACACAAGGAUCACAUGACCGAGCUGGAGGAGGUCCGCAGCCAAUCAGCACUCACCAUGGCUGCCACGCCCAGAUUAAGUUCUAGGAUGAGUGAGAGAUCAGAAACUGACCAAUAGGAAAUGUGGUGAGGCACAGGGGUGGGGGUUCCAUCAAUUGUACAGGACUGGUAUUUCUACAGGUACACUCUAAAUUACAGAAAUUUACAGUGUACUGUAGGAUGCAUAUGAUAGGGGUAAAACCACCCAAGGCAUCAUGCAGGAAUAGUAAUGGUCAAAUAAAAAUAGUACAUGUAGAUGCAGUUGGCCUUUUAGAUCAGACCAUUGGCAUAUUAGUUGCUAGUUGGGUAGUGAGGGCUAUGUAUAGUGUAAAUAUUGCUGUUAUUGUCAUCAAGUCUUCUAUCUAGGAUGUAUAUACUGUGGGAGGAGCCAAUGGCAUCAAUAUUUUGGGGUUUCAUGCUUCUGUGGUGUAACAUUAGAAAAAAGACAAACACUUAAAUUAAAGGAGUAGAUGAUUUGUUGAAUUUAAUGUUGAAUAUGUUAUCAUUAGUCACUUUGGUCAUAUUCAUAAUAUACACAUGUAUGUGUGACAUUUUACAUCAACAACAGUUUGUGGAAUUAAAAGAAAAACACAUGA